CAGUCACGUUCGCGAUUUCUUCGCGAUCGGAAGAGAUAUUUUCACUUGACGAAAGUGACACUAACGUCGUUGAAUUAUUCGUCGCUAUCUUAUCUAUUUCGGCAUUGAAAUCUAAAAUCGUAAUAUAUUUCUUAUCAUUUUUAUGGGACAAAAAAAAAAAGAAAAAACAAAAAACUUGUGUGGAUUAAUUAUUAAUUAAUAAAAGCUACGCUAUCAUGGGUAGUACAAAUACGAAGGAACUUCAAAAUUAUCCACGGAAUAGCAGGAUGAUUCAAAGCAGUUCAAGAGUAGCUUCGAAGACCAAACAACCUUUGACGAUGUCGAACCUCGAACGUGAUCGUCUUGGUCAACCUGGAAGCGGUGAUGCUCUGUGUCAUGGCCUUCUUCGUGGUAUCGAUCAUAUCAAGAAUCCUCAAUUGAACAAGGGAAUGGCCUUUAGCAUAGAAGAAAGACAGUUGCUUGGUAUACAUGGACUUUUACCAGCCGCUGUGAAGACUCAGGAGGAACAAUUAGAACUUUGUCGUUUGAAUUUGGAACGUUAUCCUGAUGACCUUCUUAAAUAUAUAUAUCUCAUAGGCCUACUGGACAGAAACGAAAGAUUGUUUUACCGUUUACUUAUGAACAACGUUGAACAAAUGAUGCCAUUGGUAUAUACACCAACGGUUGGCCUAGCUUGUCAAAAAUUUGGUUUGAUUUAUCGCAGACCACGUGGAUUAUUCAUAAGUAUACACGACAAAGGAUAUAUUUAUGAUAUAUUGAAAAAUUGGCCUGAACACGAUGUACGUGCUAUCGUUGUUACCGAUGGCGAGAGAAUACUUGGACUCGGUGAUUUGGGAGCACAUGGUAUGGGAAUUCCUGUAGGAAAGUUGGCUCUUUAUACGGCCUUAGCUGGUAUUAAACCACACACUUGUCUUCCGAUAACACUUGACGUUGGUACUAAUACACAGUCAUUAUUGGACGAUCCUCUUUACAUUGGACACAGACAUAAACGUAUCACAGGUCAGGAAUAUGACGAAUUUCUGGACGAAUUCAUGAAAGCAGUAGUAAAACGUUACGGACAAAAUACCUUGAUACAGUUUGAAGAUUUUGGAAAUGCUAAUGCCUUCAGAUUAUUGAUCAAGUAUCGAAAACAUUAUUGUACAUUUAACGAUGAUAUUCAAGGCACAGCAUCCGUAGCUGUAGCUGGUCUCUUAGCAUCUCUUCGAGUGACGAAAACGAAGCUUCAAGAAAAUACUAUUGUUUUCCUAGGAGCGGGAGAGGCUUCAUUAGGUAUAGCUACGUUAUGCGUAAUGGCGAUGCAGAAGGAAGGUAUAAGCGAAGAGGAAGCAAAAAGUAAAAUCUGGAUGAUAGACUCAAAAGGAUUGGUUGUUAAGGAUCGUCCAAGUGGUGGAAUUACGGAACACAAAUUGCAGUUUGCCAGGGAAGAAAAACCUGUAGAGAAAUUAUUGGACGUUAUUAAAAUUGCUAAACCAACUGUAUUGAUUGGUGCCUCAGCGGUAGGAGGUGCUUUUGAUGAAGAAAUAUUAAAAGAAAUGGCAUCCAAUAACGAAAGACCUGUGAUCUUUGCUUUGAGUAAUCCAACUAGCAAAGCCGAGUGUACGGCUGAGCAAGCUUACAAGGCUACAAUGGGAAAAUGUUUGUUCGCGAGUGGCUCGCCCUUCCAGCCAGUCAAAAUCGAUGACAAAACUUUUUAUCCUGGUCAAGGAAAUAACAGUUAUAUAUUCCCUGGAGUAGCACUAGCUGCAAUUUGCGCUGGUAUGCGAAUUAUUCCUGAAGAAACGUUUCUUAUCGCUGCCGAAGCCGUUUCCAACUUGGUAACGGAAGAAGAUUUGAACAAAGGUACUUUGUAUCCACCUCUGGCAGAUAUACAAAAAUGUUCCUUGUGUAUAGCAACUAGAAUUAUGGAAUACGCUUAUCGUUCCUCAUUCGCAACCGUUCUACCGGAGCCUAAAGACCACAUGGAAUUCAUUAAAGCACAGUUAUACGAUACAGAGUAUAAGUCAUCUAUUCCACCAACUUAUAAAUGGCCAAAAGCUUAAGUCUUCAUAUAAAAAUAUCGCGUUCAACACUUAAUAUCGUAUAUAAAGUUUCGAGUUAAUUAAAUUAUAAUUUAAAAUUAUAUUAUUCGACUUAAUAAUUGUUACGAGAAAGCCUGUUGAUCGGGCAAAUGUAUCUGUAUAAAUGAAAAAAGGAAAAGGUGGAAAACGAAAUUAUCAAUCAAAA